AUGCCUGGGUCAAUCCUAUCCUACAGGGCACGCUGCUACUCCCUCCACCUCCUGUGCUCACUCUGCUGUGGCCACCUCGAGCUCGACCUCUUCCCAUUCCAGCCAUUCGACGUCGGGUUCUGGUUCCUUGACAACGAGAUCCGCUCAUUCGUCGUCAACUUCCAGCCAUUCGUCGUCGACUUCCGGCCAUUCGGCAUCAAGUUCCAGCCAUUCGGCAUCAAGUUCCAGCCAUUCGGCAUCAAGUUCCAGCCAUUCGGCAUCAAGUUCCAGCCAUUCGACGUCGGGUUCUGGUUCCUUGAAGACGAGUUCCACCCAUUCGACGUCAAGUUCCAGCCAUUCGAUCUCGAAUUCGGCUCCUCCGGCGGGGAGCUCCUCCUCCCCGGUUUCGGGCGGUUCUUAUUUCUCGACUCGUCCGAUGGCGACGACGACGAUUAUGGAGACGGUAUUCGUGACUACUACGGCCACCACAAGUUCCAUUAA